UUAAAACAAACAACACAACCACCGGCCCUGCUGCGGCCUCUGUAUGCGCGGGCCGAGGGGAUGCUGCAGGCAACGGAGGGCCGAAAGGCGCCUGCCAGGGCUGCAGGAGCAACGGCGCCUGGGGGGACCCCGUGGCUGACGCCGGGCUGUCGCCAUGUUUGCUAAAGGCACCUUCCGGACCUGUCCACCGAGGUCCGGGCGGCUGGGAGGCGCACCAACCCUCCGGAGCCUUGCUCGUCCCCUUCAGCCCCGAGUCCCUCAGCCCCCCGCGGCCGGCCCCGGGUCCAGCGCAGCGUCCACCGCAGCCGCGGCUGGGUGUGGCCUGGGCGGCGCUUUCCGCCGCCGACCCAGCGGUGCCGAAAGCUGGCCGGCGGGGCCCGGGGCUGGGGGGCGCCAUGGCGCCACCCCCAGCCCGGCUAUGGGCGCUGAGACCCGGGGAGAUCGGGGAGCCCGGGGCGGUGAGCUUCGCGGACGUGGCCGUAUACUUCUCCCCGGAGGAGUGGGGGUAUCUGCGGCCCGCGCAGAGAGCCCUGUACCGGGAGGUGAUGCGCGAGACCUACGGCCUCCUGGGCGCAUUCGGAUUCCCGGGCCCCAAACCAGCCCUCAUCUCUUGGAUGGAACAGGAGAAUGAGGCUUGGAGCCCCGCCGCCCAGGAUCCUGAGGAGGGGGAAAGCCUGGGAAGAGCUCGGAGAGGAGACACCCCAAAGAAGGAGCAGGAACCCAAGGAAGGGCCUGGAGAGGAAAGACAAGGCGUCAAGGGGUGGAAAGCAACUCCUGGGCAGUUGCAGCCUGAAGAGGUGGUUAAACACAAUACUUACUCAACUGUCAGCAAGGCCUUGGCAGGAGCGCAAACACCUACCAAAAUUGCCAGGGACCAGAUAGCAGGUGCCCAGCUUCCUGUCCAGGUGACCGGCACAGACGCUCAGGCCAGCCAGCGGCGCCACGUGUGUGCCGACUGUGGGCGCCGCUUCACCUACCCCUCUUUGCUGGUCAGCCACAGGCGCAUGCACUCAGGUGAGCGACCCUUCCCCUGCCCGGAGUGCGGAAUGCGCUUCAAGAGGAAGUUCGCGGUGGAAGCGCACCAGUGGAUCCACCGAUCCUGUUCAGGGGGUAGGCGUGGACGAAGGCCUGGAAUCCGGGCUGUGCCUCGAGCCCCAGUCCGAGGUGACCGGGACCCACCCGUGCUCUUCCGGCACUACCCGGACAUCUUUGAGGAGUGUGGGUGAGCUGAGUGGCUGCCUCUGGCUGGAGCUGGGAUGAUUUUGGCAUUAAGUAUUGACUGAGCCCUGGGGUAGAUCCUAAGUCAGAGUCUGAUUUUCUCAAGGAUUCCUUGUAAACUUGUAAAAAGAAAAGUGCCUGUAAAGAUUCAUAUAGAUUAAACUUGACACCUCCUCCCUU